GACGAAAGCAGCACUGUUUGUGUUUACGUUAGGUUUGGCGAAAAAUACCUUCAAAAUGUCAGAAAUACCAAAUUUUAGUAAUCUUAAAUACGCAGAGCUUCAAAAGUUAGCGAAGGAUGUUGGAAUCAAAGCUAACAUGAAGAGUGAAAAACUUAUAAAGGCCUUGGAGGAAUACUUCCAAAAGGAUGGAUCUAAUCUGAAAGACACAGAUGUAUUGGGCAAACCUGAUGAAACUGGUGUGGACUCAUGUGAGGAUAAUUGCUUUAUUCUCAAACAGUUAGAGACCAGUAAUGAUGAAAAUGACCCUGUUGAAUGUGAACCAGAACCUGAAACUAAGCCUGCUAAACAAAAGGCUGUCAAACAGCCUAAAAGACGAGGAAAGAAAGGAGGUAAAGCUCAGAAAUCUGACUUACCUGAAAACAAGAGUGUCCAUGUAGAGAGAGGCAAAAGGAAAUUGUCAGAAAGUGAACUGGAAGAUAAGCCUGAUGAAGGUGACAAAUCCAGCGGUAAUGUUCAACCAAGCAAGAAGAGGAGAGGUACAUUUGAAGUUGUGCCUUCUCCCAUGACAAAUGCAGACGUGAAGAAGAGGGAUAGUGUGGAGGACGUUAUGCAGGCCAUGAAACCAGAGAUGAACAGCUUGGACAUGAAGGAAUCUCUCUUGGCAGCCAUUGAGAAGAAAGUGGAGAAAAAAAUGAUAGAAGAGGGUCAAGAUGAACCCACAUCAACAACCUCACAGAUCCCGCGGUUUGCUGCGUUCUUGGCAAAGAAGAAAGCGGAGAAAACUGCAGUUACUCCUGGAAACAAAAACUGGACUAAAAUUCACGAGAAGAAUUUUUCUAAGAUGGAUUCCAUCGAUGUCUACCUAGCCAAGAAAAGGAAGAGAACCCAGUCCAUUACAAACUCCAUCAAACAGGCCAAGGAAGCAGCGAGCCGGGCGAGGGAAGCUAUGGCCAAACUGAGCAAUCACAAGACACCUGAUGUUUUCAAGGGAAAGAAAACUGCUAUCGCCAUGCGCUUUAAGUCUCCUGUUGGGAAGAAAGUGACGCCCUUCAAACCCUCAAUCAUGUCAACCAAGUCUCUCAGUUUCAACUUUGGUGGCUCAGCUAAAACACCUGUGUUCGGAAACACUGCCAAACGUGUCAGUCAAGUGGACAAUCAAAAACCGAGAGUAGUUCGUCGCUCCCCAAGGAAUACUGAAAACAAUGUUAUGUCAACCAAGAAAGUGGGUGAUGUGUCAGCAUUAGAGAAGACCAACACACUCUGCAGCCGAAAGUCACUGGGGGAACUCAAUAACACAUUUCAGCCGCAGAGGAGAAAGUCAUGCGUGACACCUUACAGGCCCCUGAACAGUACCUUGGAGUCUCAGUCCACCAAGAAAGUGUUUGACCUUCAGGCCAGUCUGUCUAAGCCUCUAUCAUGGAAACCUUACACAGGGAAGCUGAAGCCAUUGGAACCCAAGACCUCCAGCCAUGUCCAUGCUAGCCUGAAGAAUAGCAGCAUCAAGGUGGCUCCUCAGAAAGACAGCCGUGCAAAAAGAUUGGCAGAGGUCAAGGGAAGACAAGCUGACAAAAAGUUUAAUGCACAAAUGAAACGACGUGGAAUUGUUAACUGAACUGAAGUCAUUUUUCACCAACUGAGUCAUGGGCAGUCAAACAUGGAGAAAACAGUGUGAUGUGAUUUAUCUGCCUCACAUGUUUACAAGACAUUACCCUGUUUGAUGAAAACAGUGUCAUUUUGAAACUCACAAUCACUUCUCUGAAUGGGAACCAGAACUCUUCCACAAAGCUUCCUAAGUUGACUGUAACUACCAUGGCAACAUGUGUCACUGUAGUAGUUACAAUCAAUUUUUCCCUAUUAUUUCUUUUGUGGAAGAAGACCAAGCUUUUAAGUUAAUUUUGUCUUCCAUCAGCCUUUUUCACGUAUUCAGUGUAUCUAUAGUUACUGAGAUGUUCAGAAACUAAACAUUACAUUUUCCAUGCCCAGCUCAAGCUCUCUGUAAGAGAUACAGGUUUACAAUCUUUUGAAGGAUUGCUCAUACCGGAGUUUCUGUACUUGUUUGUUAUGAAUAUGUUUUAUACUUAUUAUUUCACACUCAGUGUGUUGAUUUUAUUAUUUUGUGUCCAUGUUUUAUCCUGUUUUAAAUAGUUUUAGUCAUUAGGUACAGUGAAUUUUUAAACAAAGUUUGAGAAAUGAAUACACUGUAGUGUAUGUAAAAAGUUUGUCAUAAUUAUAGAUUUUAAUAUUUUAAAUGUUUUAUCAUUUCAAGCAUGACCAAAAGUCACAAGACAUCAUCGUUUAUCCGUUAAAGUCUUGUAUAAAAAAUAUUCGUACACAGCAUGUGGUGACAUCCAAGAACUGAUAGAGAGGAAAUUUACCAAACAAGUAGUAUGCAGUGAAACUGGUUUAGAAAUUGAAAAGUAAAUUGGGAAGCACAAGUACAGAUUCAAAUAUUGUUGGUAGUACAUGUGUUGAGAUCUACAUGUAUUUAGAUCUACAUGUGUUUAGAUCUACAUGUAUUUAAGUUUGCCUGUCUGAAUUUGUUGCUGUUCUGUACAUAUGUCACUCAGUGUACAUUUAUGUUCUGCUAUGACUAAACCUUAUGAUGGAUGACUGACAAUGCUGGAGAGGGUGAUCUGGGUGAAAGAGUGUGUGAUUGUGAUCAUGAUCCUUGUACAGUGCUAUCUCCUGGGACUUAAAAUACAUUUUUGUCAUUUUUGGUGCUGCUGAUUCAUCCACUCAUUAUUCACAGAACAUUUUCCUGAAUAGUUUUGAAUUCUGUAACUGUUGAAUAUUCAUUAGGUCCAUAUAAAGUGUCCUGUCUUUGCCACACAUUCUUCUGAGGAAAACAUUUAUGUGACUUAAAGAACGAUAACAGUUUCUUUCCUCUACCACAUGUACAAAAACAGAAUUUCUUCACUAUUAAAAUAUCAUCCUAUGAUCC